GAGCGAAGGGUGCGUCGUUACGACGUCACGGGAGAGUCCCGGAUGUGUCAGGUCAGGGCGCUAUGAGGAGACCACAAGGGGAUGGCCGCGGCCACUGCGUAUCACUAUCAGGGUGAAGACUGUGCAUACCGAUUUCUUUAACUAACCUGUGAAAUCCUGUUUGACCUCCAAACUGGCGAUGUCAAGGGUACCGAGUCCACCUCCCCCGGCAGAAAUGUCAAGUGGACCUGUUGCGGAGAGCUGGUGUUACACUCAAAUUAAAGUGGUCAAAUUCUCCUACAUGUGGACCAUCAACAACUUCAGUUUUUGCCGGGAGGAAAUGGGCGAGGUCAUCAAAAGUUCAACCUUUUCAUCGGGAGCGAAUGAUAAAUUGAAAUGGUGUUUGCGUGUGAACCCAAAGGGCUUGGACGAAGAAAGUAAAGAUUACCUUUCGCUCUACCUGCUGUUGGUCAGCUGUCCAAAGAGUGAAGUCCGAGCCAAAUUCAAGUUCUCCAUCUUGAAUGCGAAAGGGGAGGAAACGAAAGCAAUGGAGAGCCAGAGAGCCUAUCGGUUUGUGCAAGGCAAAGACUGGGGAUUCAAGAAGUUUAUUAGAAGAGAUUUUCUCUUGGAUGAGGCCAACGGACUCCUUCCAGAUGACAAGCUCACUCUCUUCUGUGAGGUGAGUGUAGUACAGGACUCUGUCAAUAUCUCCGGCCAGAACUCCAUGAACAUGGUGAAGGUACCUGAAUGCCGCUUGGCCGAUGAGUUGGGAGGCCUCUGGGAAAACUCUCGCUUCACAGACUGCUGCCUGUGCGUGGCGGGCCAGGAGUUCCAGGCGCACAAAGCCAUAUUAGCAGCACGUUCGCCAGUUUUCAGUGCUAUGUUUGAACACGAGAUGGAGGAAAGUAAAAAGAAUCGAGUCGAAAUCAAUGAUGUGGAGCCGGAAGUUUUUAAAGAAAUGAUGUGCUUCAUUUAUACGGGGAAGGCACCCAACCUUGACAAAAUGGCGGACGAUUUACUUGCAGCUGCUGACAAGUAUGCGCUGGAGCGUUUGAAGGUGAUGUGCGAGGAUGCUCUGUGUAGCAACCUGUCUGUGGAAAAUGCGGCUGAGAUCCUUAUCCUGGCUGAUCUACACAGUGCUGACCAGCUAAAAACUCAGGCAGUCGACUUCAUCAACUACCACGCUUCAGAUGUCAUGGAGACGUCGGGCUGGAAGUCCAUGGUCGUGUCUCACCCUCACCUGGUGGCGGAGGCGUAUCGUUCGCUGGCCUCUGCGCAGUGUCCCUUUCUGGGACCACCACGCAAGCGGCUGAAGCAGUCCUAAGGCUCGGACCUCCCAUCGCACAACCCCGCGCGUGUGUGUUUGUGGUUUAUUUUUU